AUGGCUUUCUCGUGCUGCCACGGUGGCGCCUCUCCGCGUCUGCUCGUGUCGCUCCUGCUCCUCUCCCUCAACGUCUUGCAGAUCCACGCGCGCCUCGACCCCGAAACAGCCGUUGCGGACGCUCAGCAUUCCCGCAGCAAAAUUCCCGAAGAUGCCGCAAAUUCCCACCGGCAGUUCGACUCCGAUUCGCGGUCACCCGAGGUCCGACCAUCCAAAGAAUCCGUCAGCGCCGGAGGUGGGGCGCCGCGCAGCACGACGGCCGCGGCGGGGAGCGGUGGCGCGGUGGAGUCGAUUGCGGAGUGGAAGCGGCGAUCAGCGGAAGCGGGCGCGCACUUCUUCCCCCUGCAGCGCGCGGAAGACGCCCCCAGCAGGGAGGAGAUACACCGCCGGAUCCUCGCACCGAAAGGCGUGGGGGGCGGCUUGAAGGGCAAAGGAGAGUCAGGCAAGGUCUCGAAUUCAACGGGGAGUGCUCUUUGCCGCUGUUGCCUUGCCGCCUCAGAAACUCGUGUCCUACCUGCUUGCGUGCAUCACUGCUUGCGUGCAUCACUGCUUGCGUGCAUCACUGCUUGCGUGCAUCACUGCGUGCAGGCGGCGGGGUUUCCGCUGCCGCAGAUGGAGUACGACAGCACGCUGGUGUCAACGGCCAACGGCACAAUGGGCAACACCAUGGUCAACUACAGCACCUUCGCCGGCGGCAGCGACAAGAUCCGCCUCCCCGUGUAUCCGUACUACGUGAAUCUCAAGCUGGGGUCGCAGAAGCAGGAGUUCAGCAUGGCGCUCAACGUGGCGUUGCCCUUCACCUUCGUGCCCUGCAACUGCCUGCACUGCGGCUCCUCGCGCAAGGGGGUGCGUCUGGUGUGGCACUCCGUGCUCCACCCACCCUCCCACACCCAGGGGGGAGUGCGAUGGGGGAAAGAGGAUGGCGGUCGAGGAACCACCUACAGCAAGCCCUUCAGCACGCUCUCCUCCACAACCCUCAAGUACAUCUCCUGCGUCGACCGGCGCUGCCUUGCGGGCGCUGGUUUUGGCUACUACGGCUGCAACACGGAGGGGCUCCCCAACUACCUCAACCUCACGAGCAAGCUGCCUGGGGACGACGCUCUCUGUGUGUACGAUGCGAAUGCAUGGCGCUACGACUACUACGAAGCAGACGAUGAAGCAAAUUCGUACAUUGAAUCUGUGGGGCAUGUGGUGGAGGACACGGUCUACCUCACUGCACCUGAUGGUACCGAAGUCAACCGAUCCAUCAUCUUUAGCUGUGGAGUGAACCAGAUGGGCCAGUGGGGCAUGCAGGGGUGGCAGUACGACUCGUGGUCAGCAGGAGGCGUGCUGGGGCUGGGGUGGGACAGCCCCUUUCUUUAUGAGCUCACCGGUGUUAUUGACCCAAGCGCCUUCGCGGUGUGUCUGGAGGAGCCGACGCCGACGAACAAGACAGGGUGGGAUGGCAAGGUGCCGCUGAUGACAGGCAGCAGCCAUCUCACCAUCGGAGCCACCGGCCUCCCUGCCGGCGCCAGCUACGGCAACAUGCAUGCAUUGGCCGGUAUGCAGUACAGCCACAUCACACUCACCACGGCUAAGCGCGCCCUCAACAUCACAGACGACCCAGCCUACAUAGACCCCACCGUCACACCCUACGUGCCUCCGGGCUUCCCUGAGAACGUCACGCCAGGCUUUCUCUUCAUGCCUGAGUACUUCGUGCAUCUCCUGCGCUACCCUCUCUUCAUGAGCCUUUGCGACGGGAUUGGGGAAAUGACUGGGCAAGAACUAUGUAACCUGACAGAGAAAUGGAAUACUCUUGGGAUUCCAUGCUUCCAGAACAAGAAGAAGGCGGGGGAUCCGUUCACCACCUUCCCCACCAUCGACAUUGCUUUCCUCUCUCCUGACAACACCACUGCCCACUUCUAUCUCAAGCCUCGCGAGUACCUCGCCCAGGUUUCAGCUUCUGAAUACUGCAUGUUAGUCGUUUCUGUUCCUCAUUCGAACAACUACAACAGCUACAUUGGAGAGCCGGCGCUGUUCAACAAGUACCUCUUCCUCGACUACACCAACAAGAUUGCAGGAUGGAUGGAUGCCCCUAGCUGUGGAGCUGAGCCCCUGCUGCCGCCACCCUCCCCUCCUCCACCCUCGCCUGGUACCAAUAAGGCCACCCACUCGCUCUCCCCGCUGCCGGCAGCACUCUCAGCUGCCGUUGUCCUUGCCACCUCCGCCACCCUACUUGCUCUCACUCUCCUCUAG